AUGAAUAUCUUUUUGCCGACCGCCUACCCCUCCUCUUCCCUCCUUUUUUUUACCAGUCUCCACACCAUUUCCCAAUCCCAUUCUCUCCUUUUCACAAUUCCCUCCGCCAAGCAAAGCAAAACACAGAUGCCCUCCUCCGCCGCCGAAACCCUCCUCUCCAUCUCCCUCCUCCUCGACCGCCUCCUCCCCGCCUCCCUCUCCGUCUCCUCCUUCUCCUCCCGCUGGCAAAUCAUCCGCUCCAAACUCGCCUCCGCCAAAUCCCUCCUCUCCGAAAUCUCCGACUCCCCCCACUGGUCCGACAACCCCCUCCUCCUCACCCUCCUCCCCUCCCUCCUCUCCACCCUCCUCCGCACCCAAACCCUCUCCCACCACUGCUCCCUCCCCUCCUUCUCCGGCGGCAAGCUCCUCAUGCAGUCCGACCUCGACAUGGCCUCCGCCUGGCUCUCCCGCCACACCAACGACCUCGACCUCCUCCUCCGCUCCGGCGUCCUCCACCAGUCCACCGCCAUCGUCCUCUCCCGCCCCGACCCCAACCACGACCUCGCCUUCUUCGUCACAGACCUCUUCACCAGGCUCCAGAUCGGCGCCCUCCACUUUAAACUCAAGGCUCUCGAUUCGCUCAUUCACCUCCUCUCCGACCACCACAACUCCUCCGCCGCCGCCGUCGUCGCCAAAGAGGGGAACAUCUCCUGCUUGAUUUCUCUCCUCGAUUUGAACGCUCAUUUCUCCAUUCGAGAGCUCGCCGUCGUCGCCGUCUCCCUCAUCGUCUCCGCCGGCGAUUUGCCCAGGAAGUGCGUGUUCGAGGAAGGGGCUUUAGGUCCCCUCCUCAGGAUAAUCGAAUGCGGCACAAUGCCGAUGAAGGAAAGCGCUGCUAUGGCGGUCGAAUUCAUCACCGACGACCCUGACAACGCGUGGGCGGUUUCCGCCUACGGCGGCGUCGCCAUUCUCGUUGAAUUGUUGAAAUCCGGCUCGAUUAUAGCUCAAUCACACGCCGCGGGUGCAAUUCGGAACAUUUCCGGCGUUGAGGAUAUCCGAAUUGCUUUGGCGGAAGAAGGCGCAAUCCCUAUUUUAAUGCAAUUGCUCAUUUCCGGUAGCCAAUCGACGCAGGGGAAAGUCGCUAAUUGCAUUUCAAUCCUCGCCUCUACCGAUGAGAAAUUCAGAGGGCUUUUGUUGGAGGACAAAGGAUUGCAUCGAUUACUGCAGCUCUUCUGCGGUUGCUCCAACUCUGAAACAAUGGAGCACGUUUUACGCUCGAUUUACUCCCUCUCCGUCUCCGAUUCCGGCUACAGAAUGCUCUCCGGUUCGACGGCCUUCAUCAUACAGAUCGCGGAGCUCGUGAAGCACGGCAAUGUGAUGCUGCAGCACAUCUCAGCCUCGUUGCUCGCGAAUUUGGCCAUCAGCGACGGCAACAAGAGGGCAAUCGCCGGAAGCAUGGGAUCACUCGUGAAAUUGAUGGAGUCGGUGAAGCCGGACGGGAUGCAGGAGGUCGGGGCGAAGGCGCUGCUGUCGUUGCUGACGGUGAAUUCGAAUAAGAAGGAGUUCGUUAAGGAUGAGAAGAGCUUGAUGAGGCUGGUGCAGAUGUUGGAUCCGAGAAAUGAGGUUGUGUCGAAGAAGUUUCCUGUCGCGGUGGCGGCGGCCCUUGUGGCUGGAGGGAGCCAGGGGUGCCGGAGGAGGCUUGUGGCUGCAGGGGCUCACGGGCACGUGCAGAGGCUCGCGGAGAUGGACGUGCCCGGGGCAAAGAAGGCGCUGCAGAGACUCUCUGCGAAUAGGCUAACCAGUAUCUUUACUAGGGCUUGGCGGGACUGAAUGGAUCGAUCGAGAAAUCUAACCGAUUUUAAGCCAUUGAAAGAUUGCUGAUGGAGUGAGGUUUACCUUAACAGUCGGAGACGAAGAAGGUCUCCUUAGGCAACAAACGUAACCGGAGUACGCCUGAAAGCGUAUGGUAGUUACAUACUGUAAUAUAUGGAAGAAAUUGAACAUUUGGACAAAAAAAAAAGAAAAAAAAUGGAAGAAGGGUUGUUUCUAAUUUUUUUUUACUAUGGCAUGGAUGCGGUUAUUAGGGAGUAUCCUUGUUUUAAUUUCUUUUAACUUUUUAAAUUAUCAUUUUAUUAAUUUGGUAUGUAUAUUUGAGUGACGCAGAGUGUGCUGUUUUCAAUGGUUUUCACUCUGUAAUUCCUUUGUUACUCUGUUUGUUAUUGUACAUUUCUUCACGCCUGUAAUUUUAAUCUUUUAUUUUAUAUUAUUUCGGUGAUGACUCCAA